AUGCCUUUCAACAUUCGAUGGGAAGUCCUCCCGUUGGAGCUCGGUGGGGAAUUCCCUUUCUCCUUUUUGUGGUUCUAUAGCUACUCAUCAUUGAAGUUCGAGGUGGUAUGGAGUGAAGCUGCUAAGGAUCUUGUAUUGCAUUGCAUUCAUAUCUAUUUCUCUUGUUUUCUCCUUGUCAAACCAAGGGAGCAGAAAAGGAAGGAGUCGAGGAGGUUUCGGUGGCAGACUCGGCAAGCGUUAGCCGCAGCUCCUUUGGACUGCUUCUGUGGGUGUGGCCUUUGGUUUAGAAACACAAUCCUUGCACUGUUGAUUAUUGACCUGUAUGGAGCGAUGGAGCUUGUGAGAGGAAGUGAGGCAGAGAGAGCAGAGGGGUCCAUUGACGCAGUCCAAGCAGAACAUAUUGCACUCGCUCUUGUGCGCCGCCGCGUGGACUUUGCAUUGACCGAAGAAGCUUGUGCGCAGCAGAGGUUGCAGCCACGUCGGCCACUUGCUCCGCCUCUCCUCCGCUUGCGCUUCUUCUUCUUCAACGCCCUGUUUUGGGGGAUUCAAUCAGCCACCGAUCAGAUUCUCAAAUAA